AUGGGAAGUAUUUGUAAAUAAUAAGCUCAACAAUAAAUUGAAAUUCAAAAUGAAGUCAGACUUUCUAAAGGCUCUGAGAAAAAAGAUUUAAUUAAACGAAAUACUGAAACUUCAGGAGGAACUUUAUAGUAUAAUUAAAACAGCACUAAAUAAUUCUCUGUUAAAAAAGACCCUUUAGCUAGUUAUAUGAAUGAAAGUUUAAGUGAUUCUGAUUCAGAUUCUUAACAAAGCAAACCAAAUCAAUAAGUUUUCACCAAUUUCGUUACUUUUUAAGCUCUCCCUUCCUAAAAAUAAAUGAUACCCAAAUUUGAAGUGCUUAAAGAUUAGUUCAAAAAUGAAAUGCUAUAAUAAAUGAAUUUGCAAUAACAGAGAAAACAAUUUUGA